AUGGAAGAAAUGAGUUUUCUAGAUAGCUUAGGCUAUGUUCUGUAUAACCUCGCCAAGAAGCGGCAAUGGGAAAAAGUGGCGAAGAUAUACAAGGAAAACACAACCAUCUCCUGUUACAAUCCGAAAAGCCCCAACCACGCCCAUGAAAGAUGCACCGAGGAAAUGUUCACCUUCAUGAGGGAAUGCGGAUCAGUAUCCAAGCUGGUGAGGAUGCCUAAUGUGAGAGGAGACACCCCUCUCCAUCUUGCUGCUGCAGUUGGAUGGGAGGCCAUCUGCAGAAAAAUAGCUUCAUUGGAUCCAAUGCUCAUCGAGAUCCGCAACAGCAAUGGUGAGACUCCUUUGUUCAUUUCAGCCCAUCACGGCAACCUUCACACGUUUGUCGCUCUCCAUGGCAUCUACAACCAUGGAAAGGAUAGGGUUGAUGAGUCGCUCUGUCGGAGGGAAGCUGAUGGAAAUACAGUCUUGCAUUCUGCGAUUUCUGGAGAAUACUUCGGAUUAGCAUACUUUAUAUUGGAGCACUACAAGAAUCUACUCAAUUAUGUUAAUGUUGAUGGAGAAACUCCUCUUUAUGUCUUGGCCAGAAAGCCUAACUUGUUCAAAAGCAGCUCACAGCUUGGAUUCUAUGAAUCAAUUAUCUACCAUUUUGUAUUUGUUGAUAAUCUGAAGAACCAACCAAUACAUAAUCCAAAGGACACCCAGAUUGAUGACUCAAGUGAAGAGAAUUUCCCAGAAAAUUACCAGACGUGUGUGAGAAUCUUCCGUCUAAUUAUGGGAUCCAAUUUCCAAUAUCUAUAA